AGGAAGUAGCGGGUAGGUAUCAGGAUGGGAGACGCGCCUUCCGUGUCAGUGUGCGGUCCCGGUCAUUCAACAUCCAGGCAGAAAUUGACGCCCACCGCUUUACUAUACUUCACCUUUUCACUAGCCCACCACUUUUUCCCGGCUCGGCUGACUACUCACAUUCUUCCUUCAACACCCGACACCGAAUUUGAUCAUUCCAGAAUCCAGAUCUUGUCGUACGGGCAACUUUCGCGCAGAGACGACACUCCCAAAUCUGGCCAGAAUGGCUGGUCCUGAUCAUUCCAGCGAGUCGCCUGGUGACGGUCCAGACGCCACCGACGACCGCCUGAAGAGCUGGUUCCGAUCUUUGUCCCCGACAAAGGUUGACAUCGUCGGCGAUUUCGCCGGCAAAGAGCGCUUUGCCAUUCAUGGAGAAGCCCUGCUUGCACAUUGUCUUCAUACCAUGAAAGUCGACUUUGACUAUGGCUUCCAGAUUCUCCAUGCCGUUCACGCCGUUGAGACUCUUCUCCUGAGGCUGCGUGAUCGAGGAUGCAACUUCCACAUCCUCUGGUUCAACCGAGAAUAUCAACUAUCCAUCCCCACGGAAACUUCAGCCGAGAUAACCUACAAAUACCAGCUCACUCGAAAAAUUCUGAUCCAGCACUUCGCUCACGCACAGAAUGACAAACAACUUGUUUUCAGUUUUGUAUUCACGAGCCUGGGCGGCGAUUCUGUCACUCGAUAUCUUGAAGAACAUCAUCCGCAUUUCUUCUUGGGAUCCGAUGGUACAACGCCGUGGUGGACGGGUGGCCCGCAACUUCUGACGCCCCUUCACAUGCUGUACCGUAUCAAUUCGGCAGGAUAUCAUGUUGCAUGUGUUGAGCAUCUGGAGUUCAAGAGCUCAAGGGCUUUCCUACUGAUUGCCUCUCCCAGAGGGGCGCAAAGACCGCUAAAUGGCGACGCCUUUUCUCCGAUUCCCGACACUUCCCCCGUUGAGGACAACAUUGGAGAUCGUCUUGGAGGACUGAUCAAGACGCACAACCUGACUGCCCGGGAAAUUAUUUCCUUGUAUUCAUUGGCUCAUGUACUUGGCCAGUACGCGCCCGAUGCCGGCGAGGCCACCGAGAUUGGGCAACAAGUUACAGUGCUACUCCUCCAGCUAGUCUUCAUGAGACACUGUAGUAUUACAGGCCGGAGCUUUGAACCGCAAGGAUCGGGACUAGAUCUGGGCAAUGCCGCCAAUUCUUUCAUUUGUUCCUUGUCUGAGCCGGCCCAACGUGUUCUCAACUCCUGGGGUUCAGGACCGUUCACAAACUCAGCAUGGGAUGCAUUUGAUCUUUUUGACGGGCGGCUCUACCUGGCCUUGCUACGUUCUUCACACAACAUAAACUUGUCCAGUGCACUUCAUGAAGAGUUUAUCCAACUCGGUGCACUACUCGAGCAUCUCUGUGGGUACAAUGUCACUGCCAAGUGGCCGGCAAAUUUGACGGAUACCGAUGGAGGAGAAGCUCGCCUCAAGAACGCCGACCGCCAACCUGAUCAGUCCGUACCGUCGUUGUCGGUAUUGCCUUUCAGCCAUCCCGUAUUGGACGAGUUUCUCACUUCAGUGCACCUACGCACGGAAGCUGUCAUCUCCUCACCAGUUGACCAUAAAGUUCACAAGGAGCUGACACACUGGCACAAUCAAAGGCCAAUUGACCCCAAGCAACCCACCAAGGCUCCUGGCUUUAGGGCAAGACGACGAAACCAACGCUUCAUGGCCGACAUCAUUGCCUACUCUGCUAGUCUUACCGGUGCAUCUGGGAAGAUUAUCGAGCCGGAAAUCGUUGUUGUUCGCAGUUCGGUCGAGCAAAGCAAGCCCGCUAGUAGGCAUGCAGUGAACAAGGGCAAGAAACAGGCCAACUCCAACAAACCCCUGAAAAAGAGUGGCAAGCAAAAGGCUCUUGAAGAGGCUGAACUACGCAGAGCAGCCAAGUUUCAGGACAAAUCGCCGGCAAUCAUCACCUUCUGGAAAGAAAGGUGUCUCGAGUUCUCGAAAGAGGCAUCUCUGGUUAAGCGAUAUUUGCGGGUCGAGAAAUAUCUCUUGGGCUUGAGUCCAGUUCAUUUGUCUGUGAUUGGGGCGGAAGUCUCUCUGUAUCUUUGCCACGUUCUUCGCCAAACCCAAGGUCGUUACAACCCGGCCGCAAUGACUCACUCCUCUGUUUUGGCGAUGCUCUGGUCCCAAAUCCAGGAGACCGCCAAAUUGACCAUGACCGAAGAAGUCCACACCCUUGUGACCAGAGUUUUACAGUCCUUCAAACUCCCACUAUACAAGAUCCCGGCGCCCCUUCCAAAGAGAAAGCUUCCAUUUGAGUUCCUGGAUAUCGUGAACGGGGAUCUACUGCCUCCUGGAAAGUCUUCGCUUGACUUCCAGCUCGAAUCUUGCGGACCGUUCCUUGAACGAAGCUUCGACUCUGCCCCAGAUCCUCGUGUGCCUUUUGAGCCCGAUGCCUGGCAGAGAAAGGUACUUGACGCUAUCGAUGAGAACAAGAGUCUACUCGUGGUUGCCCCAACGUCGGCUGGCAAGACGUUCAUCUCCUUCUACGCUAUGAAGAAGAUCCUCGAAGCCAACAAUGACGAUGUACUGGUGUAUAUUGCCCCGACCAAAGCUCUCGUCAACCAAAUUGCCGCCGAGAUCCAAGCCAGAUUUUCCAAGCGAUAUGAUCAAGAAGCACGGUCUGUCUGGGCUAUUCAUACUAGGGAUUACCGCAUCAAUAAUGUGAAGGGGUGCCAAAUCCUUGUAACCGUCCCUGACAUAUUGCAGAUUCUUCUGCUGGCUCCUUCCAAUGCAACAGGCCCAGCGUCUUUCGCCAGGAGAAUCAAGAUGAUCAUUUUCGACGAGGUUCACUGUAUUGGCCAGUCCGAAGACGGGAUUGUUUGGGAGCAGCUUUUGCUUCUUGCACCAUGUCCCAUCAUUGCCCUAUCGGCCACCGUGGCAAACCCCCUCGAAUUCCGAGACUGGCUUUUUAAUGCUCAGAAGGCCAAGGGAUUUGAUCUGGAGAUGGUGGUACACUCAUCCAGGUACUCAGACCUCCGCAAGUUCAUCCAUGAUCCGUCUCCGGGUACAUAUGAAUUCGCAGGCUUCGAGCCCGUUGAACGUCUCCCAUUUCCAGGACUUGACUCUGAUUGCGAGAGUCCGUUGCCUUUCUUAUUCUUACAUCCAAUCGCAGGUAUCAUUGAUAGGAGCCGGGACACUCUUAACGAUGCCAGUCUUGAACCGCGAGACUGUAUCGAGCUUUGGAGACACAUGACCAAGCAUCAGAAUGGCCAGUAUCAAGUUCCGAAGUCCCUGGAUCCGGAGAAGAUGUUGCCGUCACUUGUCAAGAAAUCCGACGUUACAAAGUGGGAAUCGGCCCUGAAGGACGUCUUGGCUAACUGGAUGCUUGACCCCAAUUCCCCGUUCGACGAACUUCGAAACCAUUUGCGUGGAGAACGGUUUGCUCGACUGUCAUCAACGUACGGUCAACCCGAGUCCAUCGACUUACCGCCUAGUCAAUGUGGACCUAUUGUAUCCAGACGUUCCAUUUUCUCACUUGUGACUGAUCUUAGGUCACAUGGAGCAUUGCCUGCUAUCCUCUUCAACUAUGAUCGGGUUGGCUGUGAGACCAUUCUUCGGGAACUAAACGACACUCUUGAGGCCGCGGAAGCAGCAUAUAAGCAACAUAAUCCACAGUGGCUGAAGAAGCUGGCGGCUUUCGAAGAAUGGAAGAAAUACCGUGAGACGGCCAAAAUGAAGGAGGCAAAGAUGAAGGAAACCAAAAAGACCCGUUCGAGAAAUGAUGACGACGAUGGCGCAAUGAGUAAAGGAGACCGAACCCGCGACGAGGCAAAUCGAGAGCUGAGCGUUUGGGAUAGCUUCGACCCGGAAGGCCCCCUUCAGCAAUACAGCUUUGCUGAUAACACCAAGCUCUCGCAGGGAGAGCUUAACGCGCGAUUGAAGUCCCUUAGAGCAGACACCGUCCGUCCCUGGAUCCUGGAUGCACUUUACCGAGGAAUUGGCGUACACCAUGCAGGUAUGAACCGCCAGUAUAGACAGAUAGUCGAGGUGCUUUUCCGUAAAGGCUUUUUGACUGUGGUCGUCGCAACUGGGACACUUGCCAUGGGCCUCAACAUGCCUUGUAAGACUGUUGUCUUUACCGGCGAUUCAGUUUUUCUGACCGCACUCAAUUACCGCCAAGCCUCUGGCCGUGCUGGCCGGCGUGGCUUCGACCUCCUUGGAAACGUCGUCUUUCACGGCCUUCAUCCGCACCGGGUUCUUGAAAUAAUGUCUGCGAAGCUUCCGGAUCUUCGCGGACAGUUUCCUACAUCAGUCACACUCAUCCUCCGGCUUUUCAUACUCCUACACGGAACACAGAACUCUGAGUUUGCAGCUAACGCUGUAAAGGGCCUGCUGACCCAAAGCAGACUCUGCUUGGGCGGACCUGAUGCGAAAAUGUCGAUCGCACAUCAUCUUAGAUUUUCGAUUGACUACCUCAGACGCGAACACCUGUUAUCCGAGAAUGGUGUCCCACUUAACUUCUCUGGCCUUGUGGGACAUCUGUCCUACACAGAGAAUGCGGUCUUUGCAUUCCAUGCCCUUCUCAAGGACGGAUAUUUUCACGACCUCAGUUAUAGCAACCGAAGCCGGGAAGACAUUAUCCUCGAAAUCAUGCUUGUCUUGAGCCACUUGUUCUGUCGCCACGCUUGCCCCCAACACAAAGACAAGCAGUUCCUCGAGCGUGUGCAUCGCUCUCCGUCAGUUGGAAUUCUCCCAGAUCUUCCCCAGAAAGCAAGUGAGGUCCUAGAGCGCCACAACCAGCAGACCUUGUCCAUCUUCCAGAAUUAUGUCAGCUCUUACGCCAAUCAACAUCUGACCGGGACGCCGGAUAACUGUCUUCCCUUUACCGAGUACAAGGUUGAUUCUGUCUAUGCUCAACCAAUGCUGGACCUUUCAACUGUACUUCCCUCGUCUGACUCACCUCGGCCGCCCACCGUUGUUCGAUCUCCAUUCUCUGCACUCUCUGGCUUUACGGACGAAUUUCACACUAUUCACGAGCUUUGCGAGACUGUCCGCGCAGGCGUUUUCCUUGAAGAGUCUGCAGUCCCGUACAUUCCGAUCGCACCAAAGGAAACGGAUGGCGUACCUUGGAACGCCUACCUUUAUGACUUUUUCAAGCAUGGAGAUAUGGAGGCACUCAAGCAUGUCAAUAUGAUUAAGGGUGGCGAUGUCUGGUACCACCUAAAAGACUUCUCGCUCAUCCUUUCUACAAUUGUGACGAGCUUCGCCAAUUUUCUGGAGCUUCCAAAUGCCGAUGGUGACUUCGGGUUUGAGGAGGAGGACGAGCUCGAGAUCGCAGAUGAUGAUGGACCUCUCUUGAGCGGGGAUGAGGGGAAUGGUAUGAGGAAUGAUGUCUGCGGCGCUCCCGCUCCACCGCAGAAGGAACAGAAGAAGAACAAGGCGAAAAAGAAAGUGGUGGCCGAAUCAUGGGAUGAUGAGAGCAGUGAUGAAGACACAGAGGAUGAUACAAAAACGGCCAAUCACGGUGACGAUUCGUGGUCUAGUUCAGCCUCUGGUUAUCCUCAGGCGCCCAGAUGGGCUGACAAUGGUGGUCCGUCAUUGAUGGAGAUCUUCCGAAAUUUCUCAGCACUUCAACGGGAGUUUGAGGAGAAGUUCCACAAGACAUUUGCUUGAGGACUGACUUGUCGUUGCUUUCUCCCAGAGAACAAUGACGAGAAGAGCCCGGAAAUACGCAGCUCCGUGGGUUAUUCUUCUU